AUGUCUUCAGUCGCUGUGCUCACUACUUCUUCCGUUUUAAUGGUAGUUGUCAUCUUAGCUGUUGUAAAUGCUUCUGUCACUGUUGUUGUUGUCACAGACACGUCUGGUAUAUAUAUUGCUGUGCUUGUCAUUGUGCCUGUGGUUGUAGUAUCAAAGGGUUUUCCGGGCACUGUAGUUGUUAUGGUCACGAGAAAUACAGAGCUGGUUGUCUCUGUAACCACUGAGACUGUCUCUGUUAAUCUGGUUCCGUCUACUGUGGUUGGAGCCCAUGUUAUUGUUAUCGACAUGCCUGUAACAGUUGAUGUGGCUAUAAACGUGGCUAUUAAUGUUGAUGUAGACGUAGAUGUGGUUGUGGAUGUCAACGUAGUCAUAGUUGUAGUAGUAGCCGUAGUUGUAGUUGUAAUUUUGUCAGGACCAUCUGCUGCUAAUUGCCUAGCCACUAGCGCAUUGCUUGGCAAUUAUGUCCAUGUGUGA